UACACACAGUACGCCGCGCGGGAGAUGUCUCUACUCAGAGACGUAGAGCGAGGCGAUGAGGCGGAGGACAGCCUGGCGCCGCUGCUCGGUCCCAGCCCCGGGCUGGAGCGGCUCCGGCCGGCGAGACCCAGGCUCACUCCGUACGGCAACUUCGAUGAAGACCCAGCCUUCAUGAACCAGUUGGGUCCAUCGUCUGAGAUAUCGACCCCCGACACAACCCCGCUGGGCGACACAGAAGACAUCUUCCCGAGGAAGUGGAGGCGGAGUGACAGGAGGCUGCGGCGCCUCAACACGGAACUGUUGGAAGCGAUAAACGACCAUGACAUAGAGGAGGUGGAAAAACUGCUCAAAAAUGGUGCGAAUCCAAACGCAACAUGUCGUUUGGACCUGGUCUCCGCGUGCCACAUGUCGGCGCUGAGCGGGGGAGACGCCCUGGGUCUGCUCAUCAAGUUCGGAGCGGAGAAGUACCGGCUGGACAGGCUCGGCCGGACGCCCCUGCAUCUAGCAGCUUUCGCGGGAAACUCACGACAAGUCGCCAUUCUGUUGGACUUCCCUGAAGACAUGCAGAAGAGAGUGGACAGUGAUGACUUAUCAUCAGAGGCGGAGGAGGAGGUGAAGAAGUUGUGUCCCGUCACCAAGGAGCUGGUGAACAUCCGCUGCAACCUCGGCAACGUCGAGACCAUCCUGCCCAAGAACUGGAAGGACAAUAUCGACCACAAUUGCAUGGCUAUUAAGGGAACUCUGCCGAUCCUGCAGCCGGGCUUCACGCCGCUGCACGUGGCGGCAUCGUGCGCGCGCACCCACUGCGUGCGGCUGCUGCUGGCGGCGGGCGCCGACCCCAACAUCUGCGACGCGAUGGGCCGCACCGCGCUCGACGUCGCCGGCUCCGGGUACUACUACGGACAUGGGAUUGCUGCUAAAUGCUUCACGGAAGUAGUCCGUAUACUCUUAAAUGCCGGUGGAAAAUUCUACACCAUGAAAGCUCGGGGGCAGAAUAUCGAAACCCCUCUCCACACAGCUGUGCUACUGGAGAACAUAGAGAGCAUAGAGGAUCUGCUUAAUGCUGGCGUGUCCAUCGCCUGUCUCGACUCAUCAGGACAGACGCCAUUACAUUUAUGCGUUAAGAAUGAGCUAGAAGAUCCCCUUCAGAUUUUAGCUAACUACGCUUACAAAGACGCUGAUCCGAUGUCGGCCAUGGUCGACGUGAAGGAUUACGAGGGUCACACUGUACUGCAGGCGUCUGUGGAAGCUUCGUGGGUUCCUGGAGUGUGCAUAGCUCUGGAGGCAGGGGCCGAUGUGGCUAUGCGUGCAAACGAUGGGGAGACUCCAAUUCACUCAGCGGCUGCCCUUGGCAACCUUGACGUACUAAACGAAAUACUCAGUGUAUCGAAACAGAGAGAUUUAAUAGACUGUCAGAACCAAGAUGGGGAAACAGCAUUGUUCAAAGCAAUAAAUCAUGGCCACCUGAAUUGCGUUGAGGCUAUACUCAAUGAAGGUGCAUCCACCAAGAUUACUUUACCAGGGGACGUGAACGUAUUACAUGUGGCAGCAGAGAAACAACACAAUGAUAUUCUCAACUAUUUAUUAAAUUACGAUAAAGUUGUCGAGAUGAUUAACUAUUUGACUGCUCCAGAGAAAAAAGGUUUUGGACCCAUACACUACGCAGUAUUAAAUAAUAAUGUAGAAAGUCUAAAAAUAUUAUUGUCUAAGAAUGCCGAUAUUAGAUUACGAACGACUUCAAAUCCCCACAAAUCCGCAACGGCUCUGCACAUAGCUGCAGUUAGAAACUUCCAAGAUGUAGCCAAAGCUAUCGUAGAAAACGACAAAACUACAAUUUACGAGGUCGACGCGAUGGGCUGGUAUCCUCUGCACUCGGCGAGUCAUCACGGCAGUAGAGAUGUCAUAAUGCUACUUUUGAAAGAAGGUGCUGAUCUCUCAGGAUAUACUGAUGGACCAAAAAAAUUCAGAAGAACAGCGAUUGAUAUGAUAUUGAAUAACUUAUCUAAGCCGACUGAUUUCAUGGAGGAGGUGUUCGAUACGUGCAUCUCAUCAAACUGCCAAAAUUUUCAAGACUCCGCCUGUGAAAUUACAGUAGAUUACAGAAUACUUAUGCCGAGCACGUGUGAAAUGGAACAAAUUAAAGUUAUUAAAGCACUUUUAAAAACGGGCAACAGAUACGGACAGAAAAGAUUACUGCUACAUCCGUUGGUGGAAAGUUUUUUAUACCUUAAAUGGAAGGCAUUGCUACCAUUUUUCUAUACAAUUAUAUUUGUUUAUUCACUAUUUGUGGCGUCUCUAACAAUAUUUUGCUACUCUGUGUUCUACUUCAAAGACAUUAAAGAGCGUCCACCAAAAUUUCUACUACCACAUCUUUGGGCUCGCAUUAUGUAUGGCACAGUUCUUCUCACAAUACUGCAGGAAGUACUGUACAUGAACGUGAAAAGCCUUGGAUAUUUAUUACAACUCGAAACGUGGAUCAAAUUUUCGUCAAUAAUCCUGGCAGCCAUUCUACCACCAACUGUGGUUAUCGCUUUAGGAACUGAAAGCGAAUGGCCGAGACACGUCGCUACAUGUGCCUUGCUACUUUCUUGGAUAGAACUCAUGUUUCUGCUCUCCAGGUUUCCUAACUGGGGAUACUACGUUCUUAUGUUUGGGAAAGUAGCAUCUAAUGUGAUAAAGAUUCUUUUAACAUUUGGAUUCCUCGUCGUUGGAUUUUCGCUAAGCUUCAUGAUACAGUUCCGUUCUGAUACACCAUUCGAUGGUCCGUGGGCGGCCAUGGUUAAAACUAUGGUCAUGAUGACGUCCGAGUUCGAUUAUGGAGCUCUGUUUGAUGAAGAACAUUCGAAGGAACUUGCGACAUCCCUGAUUAUAGUACGAUUAAUAUUCUUGAUAUUUCUAAUAUUGGCUGCAAUCGUACUUAUGAAUUUAAUGGUCGGCGUCGCCGUCAACGACAUUAACGACUUGGAGGUUCUCGGGAACAUAAGAAGGCUAGGGAAGCAAGUAGAGUUUCUAAGUAUAUUAGACAAUUUAGUAUACAACACUUUUUUCAACGUAGUUCUUCCGAGAAAAAUUAAUUCUGGUAUAAAAAACAAGAAGAAAGUAUGUGAAACGAUGGUCCUCUGUCCCGGUAGACCGAGAUGGGGAUACUACAAGACGAUACCGAGUCGAAUACGUAACGCCAUUUUGGAUAAAGUACAGAAACAAAACAAACAGAUAGAGGAGGAGCACAGAUUUGAAGCUUUCAGUAAACUGAUGCAAGAAAUACACGAAGCGUUGACCAGCAAAGACACGAGAACAGAAAAAAUUGAAACGGUCAAAGGAGAGAAGUUGGAACAGAAGAUGAAGUAUGACGAGGUGAUGAAUCGCCUGAACAGUUUGGACGAGUGCGUCACAAAAGUGGAAGAUAAGGUCAUAUCGUAUGUCCACGAGUCCACACCGGUUGAGCAACUACAUGUCAAAGUUGAUCAACUGUCGUUGGAAAUUGAAGGGAUUAAGUCAGUCUUAACGCGGCUCGAGAAGAAACUAAGUCAAUAAGUAGUAUAAAUAAUACUCUGGCAAUAAGUAUUAACAAAAAAAUACUACUUAAUAUUCAUUUUUAUAC